CUCCUUGCGAAAGCCUAUAAACAGACACCAAGGAGGCUCUAGUUCGUUUCUUGGAGACCCGCGGCUGAGGUGCGAGGGGCCUCUCGCUGCAACCGGCAGCUCUGCUUGGAGGCUCCUGAAGUUAGUUGCCGCCUGGCCAAUCCGAGGGAUUCUGCGGGGAGGCUUCAGACCGGUGGCAAUGACGGAAUCGCCUUUGCAAAGGCCGUCAAACGCGACCACCUCUAGCGGGGGCGUUUCCAAAGACUCAAAAUGCCAAACUGGGGAGGUGGAAACAAAUGUGGAGCCUGUGGCAGAAUAGUAUACCAUGCGGAAGAAGUCCAGUGUGAUGGGAGAAGCUUCCACAGAUGUUGCUUUCUUUGUAUGGUAUGCCGGAAAAACCUGGAUAGCACAACUGUGGCCAUGCAUGAUGAAGAAAUAUACUGCAAGUCUUGUUAUGGGAAAAAAUAUGGCCCCAAAGGAUAUGGCUAUGGGCAAGGAGCAGGCACUCUCAAUAUGGACAGAGGAGAAAGGCUUGGCAUAAAACAUGACAAUUCUUUUCAUUCUAGCAUACCUUCUCAUCGACCAACAACAAGUCCGAAUACUUCAAAAUUUGCUCAGAAAUUUGGAGGGGCAGAAAAAUGUUCCAGAUGCGGUGACUCUGUGUAUGCAGCUGAGAAAGUAAUAGGAGCUGGAAAGCCUUGGCACAAAAAUUGUUUUCGCUGUGCCAAGUGUGGUAAAAGCCUUGAAUCAACAACUCUGACAGAGAAGGAGGGCGAAAUCUAUUGCAAAGGCUGUUAUGCAAAGAACUUUGGCCCCAAAGGAUUUGGCUAUGGCCAAGGCGCUGGUGCUCUUGUUCACGCUCAGUGACACAUUAGCUAUUUGGCACAGAGAAGGUUCCCUUUUUCCAAGGCACAACUUAAAAUGCUACUAUUAACUGUGAAACAGCUCUUGGCUUAUGCGACUGCUUUUCCUUAGCUACCGCAUGUAUUCCAGUCUUGAAGCAGAUUUUUAAAUAACCUGUCAAUCAAUUUCAAUAAAGCUUUGUACUUAGACACUCA